AAGAGAGACAUGGAUUUGCCUUCUGUUUAGCUAUCGUUAUAGGCGACUACUAUCUCCGGCUUUGAUUUUAUUUGAUACAUGUGACCAUAUCAUCGUAAAGUAUGUUUUUUCAAUAUAGUUUAAUCAGAUUAUUGAAACAUUUUUGGGAGUUUUGCCGUGUUCCGUUCUCUGACUUUGUUGACGAUGGAGCGAUUCGUGCCACUUGGCUAGUGCGCUUGCUAAAUCGGGAGGGAAAGUGGCCGUGCUAAAUCCAAACAACGACUGUUCUGGACAAAGGACCCCUUGUCCAACAUUCUGAUGAAAGAUCAGCAAAAUCAAGGUGAGACUGAACAUCGACAAGGCGCAGGAGAAACAGAAGGAGAGCUACUAGAGGAGAAUCAAGAAGAAAACCAAGUGCUUCGACAUCCGGGUGAAUGACUUGGUUUGGAAGAAGGACGAAAGGAAGGCGAGACCUGGGUAACCUGGCUGCCCUUUCACUCCUAGCUGGGGUCACCAUACAUUAAGGGUUACCUCGUGGAAGCCAACAAUCUUCUCCAGUUGAAGAAAGCCCUGACACUCUACAUUUUGAUGAUUCCCAUGAGACAAAGACCAUCGACUGUCUGAGACACACAGGAGGUAUCCCAUCCACCAGAGCCAGUGAGUUCUGAUCAGUCUGAUUAUCUGUGCUUUGAGUUGGAGGGGGGACAGCUUGAGGUACCGUGUGUUUGACUACAUACACAGAUGAACUAAAAACACUAGCACUGCAAACACUCGGAACAAAGAGAGCAGCAGUGCCCGGACUUUGCAGUCUCCCUCUUUGAGUCCCUCUUCAGAGACAGGCAGAACCUCCCACCCACACAGGACCCACCUCCUUUCUAUUCCACACACAAGAAUUCAGUAUUUCAGUCUAUGAUUGUCAUGUGAGUGUACCUGGUUGAUUCUGCAACUACGGAACUUCUAUGUCCUCAGGGUCAAUUUUGGGGAUUUUAUAUAUUUUUUAAAAUAUGUUUUUAUUCUUUAUAUGUUAAUGACGUGAUGUAAAUGACAUUUGUCUAUGGCUGUCUUAGAACAAUGACAACAAAUAUAUAAAUUCCUGAAUAGUACGAUCACUGCCAUUAUCAGAUAUUAUUUCUAGACAAUUAUAAUACUGGUAAAAUGGUGUUUCAAUAAAAAAAAGAAUUCUGAAAGUGCCCGAAGUUGCAGAAUUAACCCCCCAAAAAAAUCUAAGGUUGGUUUUCACAGCUGUUGCACAAGGUGUUCAUUGUUGUAAAUUGUAAGGUGUCCCUUUACGCUAUUUGUUAGUUCAACAUGAUUCAUUAUUGUAUUCUAGGACCUACAAUAGAUGCAUAUAUCAACCACAAGGGUGUACUAAUGAGCUAUGCGAGAUAGAAAAAAAGUAUCAUAAUAGAGGACUAGAGAGGAUAAUAGAAAGUAAUAUUAUUUCAGUGUAGAUAAGGGAACGACAGGUUCAAUUAAAAACAUGCCAGCCAGACAAGCCAGUGUAUGAAUCAAAGGUAUUUGCAUAUGAAUGGAGUGGAAAUUAGCUGACUUUGUGAUCUGUAAGGUAAGUAACAUUAAUGUGUCAAACAGAUCGCACAUUUUCUCUGCUAUUUCUGCAACGUAGCAACGUUUAAGACAUGGAUUUCGUGUUCUUGAAAUGUUAACAAGGUACCCAAAAGCACUUGGAAGUAAUAUUUUCAUCAUAUUAGCUAAACAAAACUCGUUUAAAACAGGGAUAUUGUCGCGGUAAUGAUGUCCAAAAGUCGAUGCAUUAGGUUGGUUGAUAUAGCAACGAACGCUAAUAGUUUAUCGAAUCCCAUUGUGAUUUUGGCGGGACACUUUUUGUCAUGACACCCCCGUUGAUUUUGUUAGUCACUCUUACGCAAACAUAAAUUCACUUAUGCCCCCCAAAACGCAGGGCCAGCGCGGUUUGGAGGUGUGGGUAUGCAGACCUGCGAGCAACCGCGGUCCCUCAUGAUGAGUUCGGCUUUUUUUGUGGCCCUCACCACCGUCAGAAUUGCUCAUCUCUGACAUAAAGGAUAGAUUAACUGGAUUAGUUGGCAAAUCGCCGGAAUCACACCUCGAUGCACCACCAUGAGAAAUUGCAUGUUUGUGCACUACCAGUAUCCUUCCUUACUCAUUCAAUUAUAAAUAUCCCACUCUAUUUUGCCUUAAACAAUGAAAUAUACUAAACUAUUUUCUGAAAUAUAUUUAGUGCAAGUACCUAUAUUUUAAAGUACAAUAAUCGACCCCAUUGUGCGUAAAAACCGGCCAUGAGGAAGGGUCUUUUUUUAUAUCAGGAUAUUCACACUCGGGUCAUUGCACUUGCGGCUAUUGUACUCCAGUAGUUUGCAAAAUAUAGUUGAUGGAAUGAUCCGUUAUCUGAAGUUUCUACAAGGCUACUGCCGGCACAACACUGCCGCUGGGGGUUUCCCAAGCAGUGAUGUAAGGGGAUUUCCACCCAACCGAACAGCCAGUCAAAUCCAUCCAACAAGUGCGGAACUAAACGCACACUCGAACAGGGCGCUUGGGAGGCGGAUUCAUUUUAUCCAUAACAUAUGCAAGAGAGGUAGAAUGUCUAUGCUUUUUUAAAACGAAAGGCCAAUUGAACCAAAUCGAAGUACGAGAGCGAAGAGAGGACAAUAUUUGAUUGCAGUACCCUAUCAUGGCUACGAAAUGAUCGGCCACGGGAAAUAGGGCGGAUUUGUGUUUGUGUCUGGGUUUAAAAAAAAUAGUCGAACAAGGUUUUCAGCUCCAGGACAAACAUCGUAACGUGCCAUGAGAAACAUGAGUGUUCAAAACUGCACUGCAAGUAAGUGUCUUUUAUUUUAAAUAAACGGAAUAUGAGUUAUGCAUCGACGGUGUCUGAUGUGUGUUGUCCCACGUCAUUCACAUUCGCACGAACAGUAGAAUAAUUGAUAUAAAUAAUUUAUCUGCUUGUAGUGUUAACGCAUUGUCACGGGUCUGUGACAAAAAGUGGACCGACUGCAGGGGCCCAGACAAGAGAUCCUAUAGUUUAAACGGCACACACUGCCAUGUUUUUCAAUUGACAGUUUGUGUUGUCAUUCUGUCUUCCCCAGCGUGAAUGACAGUUGAGUAGAAGGGUCAACACCUACUUCAGAGAUGUUAGUCUUAGACACUAGUCUUAGGCUACCUGUUAAACCUAUACUAUUACAUUGUAAUACAUAUACUUACCUGUUAUACUUAGACUAUUACAAUCACUGUCAUAAAUGUAUAUAGUCUUGCCUGUCACAAAAUAAUCAUUAAUGAGUUAACUCACUUUUUUUCUCCCGCUUUGUACAACAGCAAAUGACUUGGGUGAGUAGGCUAUUUGUUAUUAAUGUGUAGUUAUUUGUUUUUUUUUAAUGGCUAGUAGUCCUAUAGUCUACGUACGGGCCUCCUAGGCCCGUGCAUCAUGCUCAGGGUUUGAUGUAGCUGGUACUGUACACAUACAGACAUGGAUCACAUUCAGAUGGCCAACCCACCAGCUCAAUGUUUGCAGCCCCCAUCAGCGUGUUUGCAGUCUCCCUCAUCCCACUCCGUCUACUUUUUAGACAUCAUUCAGGAGGUGAUCUCUGCAGACCGAGAGUUUCCCUGUCAGGCCCAGUCUCGUUUCUGCCUCCCCAGACCUCCUCAUCCCCCUGUAGACCCUGAGAUCCAGGCCCAGAACCACAGGGCCAUGCCCAGGCAUACCCCCUCCUUGACGCCCCCAGUACUGGUGCCAAGGGGCACGACCUCCAGGCCGCCCUGCUUCUUGCCCCAGCACCACUCUAGCACCAGAGAUAUGGCAGCACCUCACCCCACUCGUGGGGUCUCAAACCGACGAGGACGUGGGUCCUCUAGUUCAGGGACUUCCAGGUGGCCAGAUAGUCCUUCUCGACAGGCCCAGACAGACACAGAUCUGCUGGAGCAGAUCCUGGAGAGGCCCAACCUGGCUGUGGUGGAGCAGCCCAAAGAGAGAGGCAUGAGAUUCCGUUAUGAGUGUGAGGGCCGCUCGGCCGGGAGCAUCCUAGGGGCCUCCAGUGGAGACUCCAACAAGACCCUGCCUGCUAUAGAGCUCCAGGGUCCCAUUCAGAACAUAAAAAAAGUGAUGGUCACUGUUUCCCUGGUGACCAAAGACUACCCGUACCGCCCACACCCCCACUGCCUAGUGGGUAAAGACUGUGCUGACGGUACCGGAAUCUGUGUCAUCUGCUUAAACCCUCACAGCAACCGACGUCACAGUUUCGCUAACCUGGGCAUCCAGUGUGUAAGGAGGAAGGAGCUGGAUGCCUCACUCGAGAAGAGACGGAAUCAGAAGAUCGACCCCUUUAAAACGGGCCACUCUAAAAGCAUCGAGGACAUGGACAUGAACGUGGUGCGGCUGUGUUUCCAGUGUGAGCUGGAGUGGGAGGAUGGAAAGAAGGACUUCCUGAACCCCAUAGUGUCCAACCCCGUCUAUGACAAGAAGGCAACCACCACAUCUGAGUUGAAGAUCAACCGUCUGAACAUUAUUAAAGGGCCAUGCACCGGCAAGACUGAGAUCUACAUGCUCUGCGACAAAGUCCAGAAAGACGACAUAGAGAUCAUCUUCAAGAGGGGGUCUUGGGAGGCCAAGGCGGAGUUUGCCCAGACGGACGUCCACCGGCAGAUCGCUAUCGUGUUCAAGACCCCGUCCUACCAGGAACAGGACGUGGGGGAGGAAGUGGAAGUAGAUGUCCUCCUGCGUCGUCUCUCGGACCACAUGGACAGUGACCCCGUCACGUUUACCUACCAGCCCGACAACACAGAUCCAUAUGAAGUGAAGCGGAAGAGGAAGAUAAAGUCGGACAUCGGCUUCACAGAGAGGUCCUGUGUGGCAGUUCAAAAUAUGGCUGCAGCAGAAGCCUCCACCUCUCAGCCAUUCGAGCCGUUCACCUUCUCCCCAGCAGAGAGCCAGCUGGUCCCGGAAGAGUUGCACCCUCCUGCCCAGUCUGGGGCCUCCACCAUGGGGGAGAUCCACUACAAUGACCUCCAGGAGGACAACUUCUUCAAUGAGGACAUGAGCCCAGACGACAUCAAUAUACUGUCUCGGAUUCUGUUCAGUGACACUGGCCUCCUUGGCUUUGGCCAGGAGCUCAACUCCAACUUCACCCCAGGCGUCAUGGACAUGAACUUUAACUUCAACCAGGGUGGGUCUGGGCAGGACUUGGGCUACUAUAACGACCUGCAGUUCAACCAGCUGGUCAACGAGAAUCAAGCCUCUCCGAUGGACCUCCUCCCACUGUUAUUCCGCGGCUCCGCCCCUCAGGACCAGGGCCAGUGUGAUAACGAGGGGAGUGAUUUGGCCCAGGUAAAGACAGAGGGGGACCUAUGAGGACAAAACGUAACCCCCUUAAGACUGAAUGUGGCACGAAUGUAGCCCCUGAACUUUAAGGGUCUUUUGUUGUGUUGCUCCUCAAACCAGAAGUUUAGGGUGUGUAAAGUCCUAACUCUACCCUGUGACAGUCAUCUCACCCAAAUAAAGUACAGUAUGAGAGUUUGAACACACACAGGUAAUAACAGUAGCGGAGGCACCUUGUACCCUAACGGUGUGGUUACACCUUGCCCCCAAAGGCCUCGCUGGAUGAGGCUAUAAUCCAGACCCCCCCCCUUCCCACAAGCGACCACUACCAGACCCUAAAAGGAUACGUUUCAAAAUGUCUGCCCGGACCCAAGUCUCUGAGUGUACUGUGCUGCGUUCACCAUGCUGCUAACGUUAGCCUAAGGCUAAUAGCCGUGAUCAGCACAGCACUCACGGAUGACAUGUAGCUUUAGCUCCUCCGGGGGACCAGAGUGAUGCUGGUGGAGGCGAGUUGCCCUUCCACUAGGCUAACCAUGGAUGUUAAGAACGAUUCCUACCUACCCAUUGUCAUUACUACCUGUGGUGAUUAGGGGACCAUGCAGUGCUCUGACCAAAUACAAAAUGGACACACAAACUCAACCCUUGUCUGCCUUGUCAGUUUUCCUUGUCAGGCUCUGUCCUUCCUGUGUGUAUAUAUUGUGACCGAGGCAGACUUCCACAAGGACCUGCAGGAAAUCCCUGAUUUGAGGAUUCAACUGAAGGAAAGCAUAACUAAGGGCUCGAUUCAAUCCGUAUCGCGGAUGUUCAGCGCUAUAGUGCGAUUGAAAUUUAAAGGUAAUUUCCAAUUGAGCCGACACAUGCACCAUUUACCACGAAUGCAGUCUCUGCGAAUGCGGCAUUAUUGCCUUUACUUUUAUGGCGCACAUCUUCAGCACUACAGAUUGAAUCGAGCCCUAAGCAUUUAAUUGUUGGCGCAAGACAACCUGAAAACUAACCCUCUGUGGAUAAAUUGUUAAAUAUAAAGGGACCAACUACAAAUGCUGUAUAUUUUUCACUUUCCAUAUGUGAUAUAUUCUUUGUUGUAUAGUCAAAGUUCCUUUCUUUUGACUGGUAUCUGUAGUGUUUUGAAUGUUGACAUUAGUUUUAACCUCUGGCUCGCCUGUUGACUCUGUUUAUUGUAAUAACCAACCUCCAUGUACAGUAGAAACGACCAUAGUCUAAUGCGCUGUCCAUCUGUAGUUCCUAGUGUCAAACACGUUCAGAUUACGUUCGGUGUAUGUUCAGAUUCUUAACAGAUUCACAGCUUGUUUGUACACUGUAUGUCAGCCUCUACCCUUCACACUGAAGGGUUUUGAUUUUUGUCAUUAGUGUUUCAAAAAUAAAAUGAUACCAAGUCUGGUCACAUCAA